AUGGAAAAGACAAAAGCACCACACUCCUCGCGAUCCUCCCAAACCCUCCAAAACGAACCACCAGCAGCACCACCCUCCCUCCCCACCGACAAAAUCUUCAACGACACCUCCAAAGUCCCCUUCCUCACAACCCGAACCUUCCUCAUGACAAUCCUCGUCUCCAUGGGCGGAAUCUGCUUCGGCUACGACACAGGCCAAAUCUCCGGCUUCCUCCAAAUGGACGACUUCCGCUACCAAUUCGCCGACAACCGCUCAACGCUCGAACUCUCACCCACCCGCACAGGUCUCAUCGUCGCCAUGCUGUCCAUCGGAACCCUUUUCGGCGCCCUAAUCGCAGGCCCCAUCGCCAACAACCGCCGCCUCGGCAGGAAAUAUUCAAUUUGUCUCUGGUGUGUCGUGUUCAUCGCGGGGAACUGUUUCCAGAUCGCAGCGCAAUAUCCGUAUUGGUGGAUUAUGAUGCUGGGACGGAUAAUAUCCGGGUUUGCGAUCGGGGGGCUUUCGGUCAUGGUGCCGGCUUAUCAGGGUGAAUCUGCGCCUACGCAUUUGAGAGGGGCGAUUGUGUGUUGCUAUCAGCUGUUUAUCACGAUUGGGAUCUUGAUCGCGUACUUGAUCAAUUUCGGGACGGAGACGAUUGAGGGUUCGGCUUCGUGGAGGGUACCGGUUGGGAUAUCGUAUUUCUGGGCGCUGGUUUUGGGGUUUGGGAUUUUGUUUUUUCCGGAGACGCCGAGACAUGAGUUUCGACAUGGGGAUGUGGAUUCUGCGGGGGAGAGUAUUGCGAAGUUUUAUGGGGUUUCCUCGAGGCAUCGGGUUGUGAAGAAGCAGUUGGAGGAGAUGAGGGAGAAGUUGAGGAUCGAACAAGAAGGUGGUGAACAUUCGAUUUGGGAGGUUUUCACUGGACCCAGGAUGUUUUAUCGCACGGUUCUUGGGAUGACGAUUCAAAUGCUGCAACAAAUGACAGGCGCAAACUUCUUCUUCUACUACGGAACAACAAUCUUCUCCGCCGUCGGCCUCAACAACCCCUUCAUAACCCAAAUCAUCCUCGGAGCCGUCAACGUCAUCACAACCUUCCCAGGUCUAUACAUGGUCGAAAAAUACGGCCGUCGAAAAUGUCUCACUCUCGGAGCAGCCUGGAUGUUCAUGUGCUACCUGGUCUUCGCAUCACUAGGGUACUUCGCCCUCGAAGACGAAAAUGGAAAUAACAGGCAAUCGAUCGGAUACGUGAUGAUAGUUUUCGCGUGCCUUUUCAUAGCCGCGUUCGCGAGCACGUGGGGUCCAAUGGCGUGGGCGGUGACGAGCGAGAUCUAUCCGUCGCGAUAUCGCAGUACUUGUAUCGCUUUCUGCGCUGCGUCGAACUGGGCUUUUAAUUUUUUCAUCGGGUUCGCGACGCCGUUUAUCGAGGCCGAUAUUGGGUUCUCAUAUGGGUACUUGUUCGCUGCGUUCAAUUUUCUGGCUGUUCUGGUCGUGUUCUUUUUCUUACCGGAGACGUCUGGUAGGUCUUUGGAGGAGAUUGAUACUAUGUUCCUACUGGAGGUUAAACCUUGGAAAUCGAGCAAAUGGGUGGCUCCAGAAGGCGAGAAUCUGGGGACGGCAGAUCAGCGCAGACUCUCGGAAGGAGAGACAAAAGACGAGGCUGGAGAGAGUGCUGGUAUCCAGCAGGAGAAUAUUCGAGAAGUGAGAUAG